AUGGAUAACACCAAUUACACCUUUCACCCAGCUGUCAUCAUUUUGAAGGCCAUCCCAGGUCUCGAGAAAAUACAAUUUUGGAUCUCCAUCCCCUUCUGCACCAUGUAUGUGGUGGCACUUGGGGGCAACUCCUUGCUGCUUAUACUUAUCUGGAUGGAGCACAGUCUCCAUGAACCCAUGUAUCUCUUUCUGGCCAUGUUAGCUAUGACAGAUGUCUUGCUCUCCAACACCAUCAUGCCCAAGAUGCUGGCUCUCUUCUGGUUCCAGGCUGAGUCCAUUUCUUUCCAGGCCUGCAUCACCCAGAUGUUUUUUGUCAUUUUCAUCUUUGUCAUGGAGUCAACAGUUCUUUUGGCCAUGGCAUUCGAUCGUUAUGUGGCCAUUUGCUUCCCAUUGAGAUAUACCAUGAUCCUCACCCCCUCUGUGAUUGGGAAGAUAGCAGGAUUUUCUGUGGCCAGGGGCCUGGCCUUCACUUCACCUUUUGUCUUUUUAGUUGAGAGACUGCCAUUCUGUGGAAACAACAUCAUUUUUGAUAAUUAUUGUGAACUAACUAAGAUUUCCAUGCUGGCCUGUGCAGAUAUAACUGCCAAUAAUAUUUAUACUCUGGUGAUGUCAUUCUUGUCCACAGGCUUAGAUGUCUUGCUCAUUUCUAUCUCCUAUGUGUUUAUUCUUCGAGCUGUCUUCCGAUUCCCAUCCCGUGAUGCCCAGUUGAAGGCUCUGGGCACUUGUAGUUCACACGUGUGUGUUAUCCUCAUGUUCUACCUACCAGCCUACCUGACAGUGCUAGUUACCCAUCUUGAUUGUGGGGUCCUACUUGCCAAUCUUUAUGUGGUUGUGCCCCCUGCAUUGAACCCCAUUAUAUAUGGUGUCAGGAGCAAGCAGAUCAGAGGUUUUGUCGCAUCGAGGCUUUCCCAGUUGGGUUUGUUGUGUCAUGGGGAAGCAGUUCAGGGAGACUAA